GGAAAGUAGAGCCAAGUUGCCUGAAAGAAACACGAAGAAAGGAAAAUUCUUCACCAACACGUGAGACAAAAAAAGGACGAUCUAUGCUUCAAACUGGCAGGACGACUAACAUGGAAAGAAAAACCCCCACCAUCAAAGUUCGUGACGCACAAAGUACACCCUCCGCCAUUCCUGACCUUUGUACAAUGCCGUCUGCCAACACCCUUCUAAAUUCCUUGGUCCUCAAAACUUUUGACAGGCAACCAAGCCCUUUGCGUACUCGUCUCUCUAGUUUUUACAGCACACCACCUUUCGACGUGGUUUAGUGCAACGAUUUCGGGUAAAACAAGCACAAGGAAGAGGCCGU